AUGAGUGAGAAACGAAGAUAUACACCUUUGACCUAUAAAGCUACCAAAAAUGAAGUAGGAGUAUUUACGACUCGAGGAUAUUCUGAAGAUAUUAAACCUUUAUGGAAGUUCAAGAAUGAGGAAGAAGCCACUAGGGCUGCAGAGGGGAUUUGGAAGCUGUUCAAGGGGUACAGGGACAAAAAUGACUUCGUAGGAAUGGAUAUAUGUCGUAAAUUCAUCCAAAUGGGUCGAACGAGAUCAUUGAGAUAUGCCCUUCGUCCAGGAGGCAAGAAAUAUGAUUCUCAAACUGGGAAAGAGUUUAAACGAUCUGGUAAGAUAUAUGAUCAAGGGAAACUUGAUGGUGCGAAUGUGUAUGAAGACUAUCUUGGGAAAUGUUGGGAUGAUUUGAAAUAUAAGAAAUCAUGGGAUGGAUGGAGGGAUGGUAUAAUACCCGAUGGCUCAUCAUCUAGCUCAGCUCAGACCAUACAAACAUACGAAAAAGAAGAAGUGGACGAAGACAAGGAAGAAGAAGAAGAAGAAGAGAGAAAGAACAGGACACCAAAAGAACCUAAAUUGAACACGGUCAAGAAGAACAAGGGGAGAGCAAUCAAGAGAGAAUUUGACGAAAUGACAGAGGAGGAGAGUGAGAUUGCACGAGAUGAAAACGAUGAGACAGAUUCGGGUGGGUCAGUCAGGGACGAUCAGAAUUCAAAUACAAGUCUAGAAGAAAAGGGCAAAAGGCAUACUGCUAAAAGAACAAAAGGCUCAGAAGAGAACGGUACCAAUAAACCAUCACGUAGGAAGACGAGAUCAUCAAGUAAGACGAGCAGGACUAGUAGAUAG